GCGUUGAACCUGUACAACACCGACGCCUGUAGUUUUCAGUAGUCAGUAUAGCUCCGGCAGCGGACGGAAAUAACCGCGUCCUGGGCGUCGCGACGCCCGCGCUCGUGUCGAACACAGUGUGUGAUAGUAUGAGUGCGCGAUGCCUUAGGUUGAGGCAGCCAAGCAAAGAGUGAGUUCUGAAAAAUAGAGUAAAAAUUCAAACUGUGGGACAGUGUUUUGGUGCGUCCGUAAGCAAUUCUGACACCCCUGUUGUCGCUUGAGACACAUUAAUGUUGGAAACGGUGCUGGGGGUGCUGCUGUGGGCAGUUUCGCAAUGUGGGAUCCAAUGGGAGCAUGUAUGUGAUAUCUCCGGCAGAUGAAGUAGUCUAUCUGUCAUAUGGUCGAGUCAUAUACAUCCCUUCGUCCCUGCCCACAAACCGUGUGACCAAACCGAUUAGAACCUCCCUGUCGACCGGAAGUCACACGUCUUAUCCCAGUGUCCCCUCAACGAGUACCAGUUCAACAAAGAGCCGACAAUCAACUGCCAGCGAACCAGUCUUUAGCCUUAACAAACUAAAACCAACCAGUUCGUCGAAAUCCCUAAACCAACCCUCUACCAGCCGUGAAAAGUCCCCAAACGAACCACCCCCGGUCAGACCGUCGAGAAAGAAAAAACUCAAAGUCGCCCUUGAAUCAGCACGGAAACAGUCAUUUUCGGAUUUCCUCUCAAUCAGUCGCGAAAAAUCACCCAAAACCCCAGUCAACCAAACGCCGGAAAAAUCGCCGACCAUUCGACUGUUCCGAGGAAAAUCAGUCAGUCCCAAAAACCUAGGAAGAAACAGAACAGCAGUAGAUUUCGAUUCCCUUUUUAUCCGCGAAGCCAGUCCGGGAAAGCUCUCCGUCAAAAGUUUGAAUAACGUUGACGAGACCGGUCCUAGGCUGACCGGAAAACAGCGACUGACCCCAGAAAAGUCGUCGCCCACCAAGAAAAGAACGUUCUUUGGAAGCGUUCGCGUUAAGAGAAUCCCUGAAGUCAUCGAGAAGAUGGCGGGUUACGAAUCGGCCUUGAAAGAACUGACACAUGCAGGAUACAACGAACACCUCAAAUCCCACAACUCGGUCACGUUUAAAUUGGUGCGAACCGUAUCGGAUUUCACACAACAGCUGGGUCAGAUGUACGAACAGCAUGCCGAAGAAUUACAAAUGUUGGUCGCAAACUUCCGAAAACGAAACGGCGAACUUAGGAAAGAAAGACCUGCGUGCCCGAGUUCGUUGUUUCACACCUGGGAGACGCUGCUUCAAGAGGUGGAAAUUGAUUCUCAGGCCCUCGGCGAGAUCGCGUCGAUCUUAGGGAGGCAAGUAUCACGGCCGCUUCUGGAGAGGUCCUUCCACAGGAAGAUACAGUCUAGGAAAGUGUUCACACAAAGGGAGAGCUAUGAGACGAUCAUUGCCAAAACUGAAGAGAAGUUGGUUAAGUGUCGGCAAGAAUAUAAGAAUGCCUACUUAGCGUACCUUUCGAAUCCCACAACGGAGAGCCUGAGCUCCUAUUUCAACAGCCACAACACUUACGUCCAACAACUCCACGCGACAAACGGGAUGUUGGAAGAGUACGGAAAGGAUACUUUACCAUCACUUUUACAGGAAUUAGAGGAGAUCUACAGUGAUUUGUGCGCGGCGGUUUCUGAGGCUGUCGCUCAAGGGGCAGAAGUGGUCUCUUCGAGGGCGAAGGAGCAAUGCAAGAGGUAUGACGGUUUAGUUUCCCAAUGCAAAUCCAUCUCGUCGUCAUCGGAUUUGGCCCACUUAGCGCGAUCUCUGCCCACCCCCACGGGCAGGGCCCCCAUUCUUAAGAGACCAUUCGUUCCGCCUCAACCGCCCCCACCUCCGGAUCCCGUAGACGGCGAACCGCAAGACAUGCAAAACCUCCAGGAUAACAUCCCCCCGCCUCUCAAGGACGAACUAGUAAUAGACAGACUAUCGGCGCUCCAAGUGAAGCCUUCCCACGAUGUUUUGAAAAAGGAAGCGGCUGAUUUAGAGGCGCAAAUCAGACAAAUCCAAGACGCUCUAGAAACGUUGCUGAGGAUUCAGCAACGAUCGGUUGAAGCGGCACUUUAUAACAAAGCCAACGAACUCCAAGAGGAUAUUUCGAUGAAGCGAUUCGAUCUAAGGGUGGCUCAGAUCCAUCUUAGCGCGAUCAACGCUCAGAAAGAGCUUUUUACGAGCAAACUGGAGGGAGAUACGGGUCGUGAAAGAAAAAUGUCUUCAGCGUCGACGGCAAGCAUGAAAAAUAAAUGGUUGAAAGCUUUUAAGAGUUUAAAAACUCCACCGCCAGAAAACACAGAGAAAAAAAACCAAAUGUACCAUGCAGUUUCUACGAUAAUUGCAAUGAGGAAAAAUGGUUCGGCUGCCACGAGAGAGCUCCUAAAAGGUGAUCCAGACGCUCACAAUUUCCAAGAGUAUACAUACAAGAAAAUUACACCCUGCGACGUAUGCUCGCAAGUAUUGAGAGGGCACACAAGACAGGGUCUGAAAUGUAGAAUAUGCAAAAUGAACGUUCAUCUCGACUGUCAGGACAAAGCGUCCAAAUGUCAGACGAAGCAACGGUUAUUAAGACGCCAGAAAUCAACAUCAGAGAUCGAAACUCGAAUUCAAGACGUCACCGCCGAAGACGAAAAGAGUCCGGAAGUGGAUCAAAUAUACCAAGUGUUGAAGCAAGCUACCGAAAUAUCAAAUAGCAAGCCACGCGUUAAUGUAGAGCCGGCUCCACCCGGUAUAACGGUGGACAGAACCGUCACUUCGAAUCCGGGAAGUUCGGGCAGUUCAGGACAAAGUCUUAAUCGGAGACCGGGUCCUCCGAUACAGCCUCCUAGGGCUGCCGGCUCCAACUUAGCCGUUGUCAAUCCUGCUCCUUGCUCCACUAGCUCAGACCGCAGACAAGGAGCCCCAGGCACUUCCGAAAGUUCGUCGAUGAGGCGUCGCCUAUUUGCUGGAAUGAAAAGCCUGACUGGCUUUGGUUCGCGGUCCCGUCACGGUUCUCCAGGCCAUCGCUCCAUCUCUCUGCCGGAAAGGACAAGCAUGAAGUCUUCUCCCAGUGCUGUGACGUUUUGUCUAAACAUGGGCAACUGCGAUAGUAGCGCUCCCCAUUCACCACGCCGCCAAAAAUUGAACUUGAGAAUGAAGAGUUUAUCGCUGGAUUCCCCGGAGAGCACCGAACACGUUCAGAGGAGGAAACACCACGGGGCCAAUGUUGCCAGCGACCCCCACUCUAAUCAAAGUUCAUCAUCAAGAAUUCAGUUUGCCAUUCCUGCAAGAUCUAUCCACAGCCACCACGUUAUUCGAAGUGACCUCAAAGCAAAAUCAACGCCUUCGAGUCCGGUGCACAAUCGGCGCUUGCUGUCAGCGAAGAACAUCAGAAUGUCAUCGGUGGAACUCCCUGAUGAGAACGAUAAGAGUCCAUCGUCGGCGAGCACUUCCCCUUGCCCCAGCCCCGUUGGAGCAAAAAAAUCGCAUCGUUUAUUACCCACCAACUUGUACGUAGUUCUUUACAACUUCAAAUCUCGGCAUCAAGAUGAACUUGACCUGAAGGCUGGGUACAAAGUGACUGUAAUUGAUACUUCAGAUCCAGAUUGGUGGAAAGGGAAAUGUCUAGGACGAGUUGGCUUCUUCCCGUCUAAGUACGUUUCAAAAUUAUCACCGGGGGAGAAACCGCUUCAGGUGACCCACAACUUGCAAGUAUCAGACGGUGACAACGGGCUGAUGCUGUUAAGGGACCAAAUAGUCAUACAAAUCGGUGAAGAGUUAGAUGGUAUGGUGAUGAUCCGUUCCGGUGACAAUCGUCAAGGUGUUUGCCCCGUGAAGUUCCUCCAGGAAGUGUGACAUCGCAGCGAAGUAGCAUGUCAGGCCACUUACACUUGCACCUGUUCAGCAAAACAAACCUCCGCCCCUAACACGCUAAAGAAGAUCUAUUACCCCAACCCAGCCAAAAUAAUGAUCCAAAACAACGUGCUCCUCUCGAAGCAAAACAAUAAGAAAAACAUCAACGCCGGGAGCAUUCUGCAGUAUUACUACAACAAUUUCAAUAAGAACACGUCGAAACAAACCAACGUUUACAACAAUAACGUGCUGCAAAGGCGCCGUAAUGAGCUGGCUUUCCUCCACGGAAAAGCUCCGUUCUCUUCAACCAAGCGCCCAUUAUCCAUUCGGUUAUCCACUCCUAAGCAUGUGGUGAAUUUCUUUAGCAAACCGUUCCGCCCCGAUUCCCAAAGGCGUCCGCUUUUGCUACAAAACUCUUCGAAUUAUCCGAACAACCCCAAUUUUAAAAUAGUACCUAACAAAAACGGGCUUAAAAUUUCGUCGAUUUACACCAUCAGCGACAAUGUCGACAAAUUUAGUUUGUACCGAAAAAAUUUGUACAUCUCAUCGAAUAGUAGGCCUCUUUUUGUGAGAAAAUGAGGAAGUAGUUUCACCUAUUUUUGUAAAUGAUACCUUUCAAUACAUGUGAUCUAGAAAUAUAUCAGCACGUCCUCGUAUAUCUUAUGAGCACUUUACGAGUUUGAUUCGAAAAUUUAUUUCGAAAUAUUUAUUUUCACCCUAUGGAAAUACAGGAUCGUACAUGUCUAGUUCGUUGAUUAGCUUUGUUCUUUGUUGUUAUCAGAGUUUACGAGAAGCAUUUAUUUUGAUAAGAAAAGGUAAAUCGAAAAAAACUAAAAAUGUAAAUGAAAUCCACACAAAGGCUUCCGACUUAUGAUUUCGUACACUCUGUGUUAGGAACAUUCCAAAAAUGAGCUAAAACAUUGUAUAGAGUUUAUAAUAAUUUGCAAAUAAAAUAGAGUAAUUAUGUUAAGGAAUUGAUUAUUGAAUAUAUCAUAAAUUUAAUAAAUGUUAAUAGAUUAUUUGAAAAUUAAUAAUAAUUGUAUGUUGAGUAAUAAAUGAACUGUUUGUGCAAUAUAACACAUCAUUCCAAAGACUGCUUUGAAACUGUGCUGUAUAUAGUUAUAAAAGUUGUGGCAUUUUUGGCCACUGGCCUUGCAAUGCAUUUCAUUUACCCAGUACUGGCCUAGAAACCAAUCUUAACUUUGUGGUGUACGCUUGAAAAUAUGCAGCACACUUUCAGAUUGUUAUGCACAUGACCAAUUUAAACCUUUAGUAUUAAAGUAAUGAUUAUAGUCGAACGAAUAAGUUAUGGUUUAAAUAUUUAUAAUUUAUUUAUUAUUAUUUGUACAUCGUGACCAUUAUUAAUAUGACACAAAAAUGGUUCUACACUCGUUAUAAAUGUUUACAAACAUUAGUUCACUCUUUGUGUUGCAAAACACAAAAGCACAUUGUUGAGUACUGGAUGUGUAACUAACCUCAUAUUUAAUAAAAAAAUCAAUAGCUA